UCGGGACUCGGGCGACGGGUGUUGGGUUGGGCAAGGCUUCUUGUUGCUGUCGGAGACGUCGUUUGUUUUGGAGCUGGUUAUGGUCUUCCAUACUUAGAAUACGUCCUCGCAGGAAAAUCUUCAGCGUCUAGCUUUGAGCCUUGAAAUGAAUCUUUUCGGUGUGAUCAUGCUCUAAGUUGGAAAAUGAAAUGCACUUGCAAUAAGAGAAAAAAAGAUGUGCCCAAGUAUAUCAUAUAAAUGAUGUAUAAGAUCUUCCAACUCUGGCAUUACAUAUUACUUUAUUCAACAACCAGAAAUUGAAAGACAUGCUGAUUGAUUACUUCAAUGAUGGUAUCUGCUUCACAUGUCCUAAAGACAGAAGAAACUCUCAGAUGUUCUUUUCAACUGAAGUAAAAUCUGAAGAUAUUGCAGACACUUUAUGGAAGACCGGUGCCACUAAAGUUUAUGGAAAAAUUACGUGAGGAGCACCAAAAUUUUUAUUUUGAACUCCAAGAAAGCUUUAUUUCUGCAGACGACAUGGACUUCAAAUUAAGCAAUUUCACUCAAAAUGUACUGCCAGAGUGGGAAAUAUUCAAUAUAUUAUUCCCACACCAUCCUCAUUCUAACCACAUCAAGCGCAAGAGGGACAUGAUAUUCCAGAUGAUAUAUUAUCUCAUUCACAGAGGUCAAAACAAAACUUGUAACGUUUCAAGUGUGUCCAACCAAAAGUUUGCUAUGUUGUCAGAGGGAAAUUGCAUGUUGCUGUUUUUGCAAAUGUAAAGCCACUUCAUUAUGCAAAAAAUCUGCUGAAUCCAGAGCAAUCAUGAAGGGACUGAGAACAUUAUCAAUAACAUCAGCAAUUACCCUGUAUGCACAUCAAAUCGUACAUGAAGACACAUGCCCUAAUAGGCGUCAUGAUAUUUAGUGGGUACCUGAAGAAUAACCACCUGGAGACAAAGCAAAGAAUGGGAUAAAACUGGUGAUGGCCAAUGAUGUGAAAAGCAAGUACCUAUUGAAAGCCAUUCCCUACCUGGGGAAAGAUGGUACCUGGCCAAGCCAAGAGAUUGCCUACAACUGGGCCAAAUGUUUGCAAAGGAUUUGACAGAAAAGUACCACAACACCUACUGUAACACAACUACAGACAAUUGGUUUACUUAGGUACAUCUCAUUAUGGACCUGGCUCAAAACUGUGGUAUGACACUUGUGGGAACAGUGAGGGCAAAUAAGCAGGAAAUGCUGGUUGUGAUGAAAAACAAGGCCAGCUGGUUGCCUGGCAGCAGUGCCUUCCUCUUCACCAAGGACAUAAUGCUAGGUGUCCCACAUCCCCAAAACUGCAAAGAAGAAGAAUGUCCUCCUGAUGUUGUCCAUGCACAGGCAACCCACUAUGCUUGAAAAUGGGAAAUCAGAGGAUAUUCAAUUCUACAGUGAAACUAAAGGAGCAGUUGACACCUUUGAUUAGAUGUAUGCACAGUACAGCUGCAGCAGGAAGACAAAAUGGUGGCUGCUGUGCAUCUUUUUCGGAUCAUAAAUACUGCCACUAUUAAUUCUUUUAUUAUAUAAUAUAAGGCAAACACCAAGAUAGCAGGAGGCAGCGCCUCAGCGGCGUGGUUGGUAUGGUAUUAGCAUCCCACCUCGGUGGUCGCAGGUUCGAUUCUCGGCCAUUCCAUUGAGGACUGAGAGAUUUGUAUUUCUUGUGAUAGAUCGUCACUCUCGACGUGGUUCGGAAGUCACGUAAAGCCGUUGGUCCCGUUGCUGAAUAACCACUGGUUCCAUGCAACAUAAAGCACUAUACAAAAGAAAAACAAAAGAUGGCAGGAGGCAGACUUAUAUAGAGGAAAAAGUACUUGCAAGAGUUGGCAUUGCAGCUGAUCACUCUUUCAGCUGAGGAGUGCAUGAACGCCCCUACAUAGCACCAGUAGGUCAAGCUGCUUAUACGUCAGGUGUGUUCCCUCAACCCCCGCUAACAUUGGUGCUGCUGGAGGACCCCCUGCAGCUGAGAUGAAGGAGCUCAUAGUCCAAUGCUUUUUAUGCCAGUCAAACACAGACAGGAAGACCCCCUUCAAAUGCCAGACCUGCUGCCAACCUGUCUGCAUGCAACACUACUACCCCAUCUGCAGCGACUGUGUACGGCACAGUUUGAGCCAUGGGUGAGGACUGUGAGGAAACACUGCAAGAAUUCGGUUUUGUGCAAGAAAGACAUUUUCAUCCAGGGUUGUGUGCUAAAUGCUUAAAAAGUCCAUACCAUGAAAAACUGAAGCAUUGUGCGCAGUGUCAGUUGGUCUCGUAUUGUUCCAGAGGUUGCCAGAAAUCUGAUUGGAAAGUUCACAGGCAAUUUUGUUUGGCAAAUGCUGUGAAAUGUGGAAAGAAUGUCUUUUCAGAAGCCAAAACAAAAGUUACAAGUUUUAAGAGUUGGACACAGUUCAGAACAUCAUUGCAGUGUGCAGUAUCAUUGAAUCUCAAUCGUGUCUUAGAACAGUUUGAAAGGGAAGUUAUUUGGUUUCCAAAAGUUUGUGAGUUCUGUAAGGAAUCUGAUCUUUCCAAGCUGUUUCCAUGCUCUGUAUGUAAUUCAAUUUUCUAUUGUUCUAAAGAGCAUCUUGAACAAGAUAUUGACCAGCAUAUACACUGGUGUGGUGGGUAUCUUACUUGUGUCAGUGUCGAUCAGUUUUUACUUCAGAGGGAUUCAGCAGAUGUUAGUUUUGUCAUGACUAUCAAGGAAAACUUUCAGCCUCUACCAGAAGAUAUGACACAGCUUUUGAAUUCAGAGACAAGCCUCGAUCAAAAAAUGAUACCAACAGAUGGAAAAAUGCUCAAAAAAUUUUUGACAGAUGUGAGUUUUGCUGACAAGCUUGAUGUCAUAAUGUACAACAUUCUGGUGUCAGAAACUAUGACAGAUUCUAUCACACUGUUAUAUGCUCUUGAGCAGCUUUGUAUUGGAAAAGAUAAAAAGAAAAUCUGUGAUAUUACAGAGCUAAACAUUCACGUGGUAGGAGCUGAUGGUAUGAGAGAACUUGUCUCUCUGACCCAUUGGGAAUAUAUUGCCCAUCAUCUGCCAAAUCUGAGGAAAUUAAGAGUAUCAUUCGUGGGUCCAGAAGUUAUUCCUCCCAUUGAUGCUGCUGUCCCAGAUGAUUUUGUAUAUAGUGAUGGUGAAUUCCCGGUUUGUGAAGAGUGCAAACAAAGUGACAGGGGCUUUGAGUAUAGGUUCUGUAAUGUAUUUUACCACCACUAUGUCAAAAAGAAGCAUUUUUUCAAGCCUGAUGCAAUAAUAGCAUACAACUGUGGAUUUCAUGCACAUUCUGGAUUAGAAAAGGACACAUGGCCAGAAAGUCUCAAGCUGAUUAUUGCUGAUCCUGAUAUUCCUCUGAUAUUUACUUCUUUUUCUAAGGAAGAGGCUGAUAAAGAAUUACAAGUUUUGACGAAUUUACAGGAUGUCAAUAUUACGCGCCCUUCUCAGCCUAACCCAUUUAAAAGUCUGAGACCAGUUCGUGACUUCAGCAGGGAUAACAACUGCCACAUGUUUUAUGUCAAUCAUUACAUUACUUGUGUUAAUGGAGAGAAAAUAUGUAAUUAUUAAUAUUCACAAAUUACAGGAAUGUUGAGUACAACAUUGUCAUGUUAAGGCAGGAAAUACCGAGACAUAUUUUAAUAGCACUUGAGGCAGGCAAUCAGUACCUGAGUUAGGUAACAAAGCAGAAGUACAAAAAUUUACCUAGCAAUCAAGUUUUGUAUAAAAAGGAAAUGUUUAUAGUACAACAAAUACUGUAUCUAGUACUGUUUGAUAUUUGUCUUUUUCAUGCCACAAGUUAUUCUGCAAACAAUCUUUGGUGUUCAACAAAGCAGGUACAGUGUUCAAUUUAAGGUUCUCGUUCAAACAGAACAGGUAGAAUAUUAGUGUAGUUUAGACUUAGAAUAUCUGUAAUAAGAAUUUUAUUCUCAAAUGAGAAAGUUUAAUUCCCUUCCACACAGACAAACUCUGUUCGAUGUAAUGGCAUUAGUGGAGAAAUAGCGGGCAAGGUUCUGACUUUUCUUACUUCCGACGUCACAUCGAACAAAGUUCAUCAAGCAAAGCUUGACUGUGUGGACGGGGCCCUAGAUUUAAUUUCAAACCUAAUAUUUUUUAUUAUUAAAAUUUUAUGUCUUUUGGGAGUAGUGUUACAUUUUAUUUUCAAUAUUAAAAUGUUAUGUCGUUUGGGAGUGGUGUUACAUUUUAUUAGAGUUCACCAUGAUCAAGCUUUUCACAAAAAGGCACAUACUGCCAAAUUUUAGUGCCCAUGUUAUAUUAGUACAAAGAGGAAAUGGAAUUUGAUUUUUGGUUUCACAUUUUGAGUUAAUGUGAAACCACCUUUCACAAUAAGGCACAUGAAAGCCACGUUCUAGUACCCAUAUGUUAGUACAAAGAGGAAAUAGCAUGUAAUUUUAUAUUAAAGAUACACAGUGCAAAUGAAAUGGCAUUUAAUUUUUGGUUAACUAUAUGCAGUGCAAAUGAAACUAAGUUUUUGAAGAUGUGGCAUUUAUGCAUGUGACCAACUAUUACUGUAAAUUUUUAUCAUAUAAAUAUAACUUGCAAGAUAUUUUUAUUUAGAAUCUAGUGGUACAGAUAUUUCUCACUGGUAAAAUGUAUUUUAAUUU